CAGCAGGUUGUAAUUUGGUAGGUAUAGUUACUACAUCACAGAUACAAGGACAAUGAGCUUUUUUUUCAGGUCAACCUGCCAGCAAUUUAUCCUGCCCCUUGACAUGCAAAAGAUGUCUCCACUUAUUUUUGCUAAUUGAAAUCCUUCUCUGAAAUAACUUGAAUUUAUAGAGAAAUUUUUACAGUUAUAUAUUAUAUUUAGAAUUCACAGCAAGCUCCAAAGUUCUGGUAAAAAAUUAUCAUAAAUGAUGGUUAAAGACAAAUUCAUCAUCUGAAAAUAAUUAUUGAUUUAAUUGAAGAGAAUGGUGUGGAUAUAUACAGGCUACUGUGGCUCAGUGGUUGUGCUGUGCAGCUGCUGCAUCUGCUUGCUAAGCAGCAGUGUAGGGCUUGUGGCUGUAUGGAGCCUAGGCUUGUUGACGUGUGCUGUCUUGUCAAGUUAUUUCACUGCACUUGUCAUCACCAGAGCCAUCAAUGAUGACUUCACCAACUUUGUUCCUAAAUCUUUUGAGCAAGGAUGCUUCUUUUUGCUCAAAGAAGUUCAAUCCAGGCUAUCAAGAUCAAAUGGAGUUGUGGCAAGCCAAAUCAAAUCAGGCAGUGCUGCUGUGCCCAUGUGCAUGACAAUUCUGGUCAGCAAGUUUCAGUCCUUGAACCCAGAGAAAUGUAAAGUCAAGAGUUCAUCAUCGUCAUCAGUUGAUGAUCAAAAUAACCUUGUUGAGCAGCAACUCUCUGCGCUGUCUCAGCACCUGCAUGACCAACUGGUGCUACCAUGGUAUUUGGGCCUAUCACCCGAUGGCUUGUCUCACCAACAGCUUAGCGGAGUGCUGGAGGAUGUGCUGCUGUCGUGCUGGCAGCAGCUGCGGCAAGCAGGCGGCGUGAGGUCCUUGCUGCUAGCCGCAUGCGACGUCUUCAGCCAGCUGGCCAUCGCUCACACCACCAGCAGCCUGCAUGGCGUGCAUGGCGGGAGCGCUACAACGGCGGCAGGCUUGAGCCCAGAGGUGCAGCAGCAACUGACCACGAUGUCCCAGCUGAUAGUGCUGCGUCACUUACCUCCACUGAUGUUGCCCUGCAAGGCCGUGGUGUUGUUGCUGCGUGACCUCCUCACCUGCAACUUCGUGGUCCCCCUGUACCUGAAGCUGUGCCAGCCGUGCCUCAUCUUGCGGCAGUGGGGGGCAUCUUCUGUGCUCAGCGACCGUCGGCCAAGUGUACAGGAACAGCACGCCACGAGUUCUGCACUGAAUAAUGACACCGAAAUUACAUUGGCUUCUCAUGACAACAUACACAGCGACGAUGUCAAAAAAGUGUCUGACAAAGUUGAAGCUCGUGGGAAAGGCAUAGUUUCUUACCGCGCUAAAAGAAGGCUUAACUCGGGACGACGCAGAUGCCUUCAUUCUUCGUCACUCGGCAAGGAGAAAAUGUUGAGGAGAAUUUUGAAGCCUCCAAAUGCCAUAAAAUGCGGUGCCAUAUUCAUGAAGGGCGUUGUUGAUGGCAUGACUGAAGAAGACUACAAAACUUGCUAUUUUUUCAACGAUUUGCCGAAGUAUAUUGCUCCUUUGAACUUUCGCAGGAAAAGCUACAGUUUGCCUGUUCAUGAUCAUAACUCAGAUCCCGGCACUCCUGUCCAUUCGUCUAAUUCGAUGCCAAUAGUUUCUAGGUCUUUGCCAAGCAGUCCGCGACAUUUCGUCUUGCAAGCCGUGGCACAGUCUGGCUGUAAUGCACACCUCAGCAGUGGUAUUGAGGAGCACAAUGUUGCGCACGACCCAUGCAACAUUGCUACUUCUCUUGUGAGGGUUGUUGGGCAACCUGAAACUCCCCACCAAGGCAGAUCAAAAUUAAGUACUACAAGUAGUGUCGCCGUUACUCAUGGUGAUGCGGAGGUGCCAUCGAAACAUUUUGAAACACAGAGCUGCAAGUAUGUAGCAGUGAGUAACGACCGUGUGGAUUCAUCCUCACUAUAUUUUAAUGGAGCAAUGCAACAAGAAGGUUCCGAGCCCCUUCUCGCCUCGGAUAAUUUCUCCUUCAAAUCCGAUUACUUGCGUGGCAACUCUACAAACAGUGAAACUCCGUCGCACUCCGAGCCGGCAGGCUUUGUGGAAGCUAAUUUUGAAAAUAAAAAUAGUAAUUACGAAGUCAUGGGCCAAACUAACGCCGCUAUUUGCUCGAGGAUAGAGAAGUCUGUGCCUGCUCGCGCUGCAGCGUACAGCAGAGACCCCGCACCCGGUGCUGGGGAUACCACUCUGUGUAUGGUCAGCAAUCAACGUCCAGCUGCCGGCGUCAUCCAGCCAUAUUGUACCGAGUCCCACGCUCAGCUGCUACUCAAGAAGAAGAAGCUUGUUAAGAUGCAUUCCUUCGAUCACUUAGAUGAUGUCCUUGAUGCUGUCUCUGCCUAUGAAAGAAAUAGUCGCUGUUCUGCUAUUAAUUAUCCGUGUUGUAGCCGUGACGAUUGCUUGCAGCAUUCCGAUCAUUGUGCAGCAUUACCCGGCCGAGGAGGACCGUAUACUGAGCGCAACUGCCGGCACAGAAGUGGUUCAUGUGGAGAAGUUCGUCGCGGUUGCAAAGAAUAUGGUUGUGAAUUACCCUUCUCAAACGAUAAUACAAAUGAUAAGCUAUUUCUAAGGGACGCUCGUGAUGUGGCAACGCCUCUCAUUAAACAUUCUGCUCAAGCAUCUGCUUCCUGCGUGUCGUGCAGUCAAGAGCAUUUCGCUCUCAUCAGUCCCACGUCGCGGCGGACUAAAACACCUUCUUUGAUUAAACCUUUACACGAAUAUUCUAGAGCUUCGGUGAGGUAUGUAUCACAAACUAAUGACAGACUACUACCUUGCCAUGGCACCACUUCGUCGCCCCAAUGUUCUGCACUAAAUUCAAGACCUGCGGGGAGCUCAGUGAAUGCAAUGCCCGUCGAGAAAUCGUACACGGCGCACACAGCUUCUUGCUCUCCCGACGAACGGUCGGUAAAAGGGAAUAUCGCAGGUUUAAAUUGCAUGGAAAUGUUCAAGUUUGAGAUAGCUGGUGCAAUACAUGACAGCGCUAUUGAGUGUCCAUCGAAACUUUCUGUGGACGUUUCCAGCAAGGCUCCUAAAGUGGACGUCAUCAGUGCGACGCCAGCGUCUCAGUCCCGCGUUACCGACGAGUUGAACGUUGCCACCCCGACGCCGGUAGACAACCCGCGCGAGGCAAGACCUUCGCCUGAGGUACUCCUGAAGGUGAGGGCCUCCUCGGCUGGCAGCUCAGCUGAAUCCAAGGAAGCCUCGCCGGAGGACGGAUGUGCGCGCGGCGACACCAGAGUGGCGGCAGCGGCUCGAGCGACAGCGACCUGCCGGCAGACACGCCCCCCGACAGGUGCCGAGGACGAGACCUACGACGCCGUGCCCUGCGUGCGUGCUUCAAGAGACGCCGCUGCCGAGGUGCUGGAGGGGCGGGAUGUGCCACGGGAUGGUCGUCUUAUAGUGAGCUGCUCCAUCCCGUCCACUGUCAUGCAAGAUGAUGCAUGUGGCGCCCCCUACACGCUUUACCUGCUGCAGUACGACGCGCUCUAUCUGCUCCACGAGACCAGGCACACAAGCGAUGCUGCUAAGAGUGGAGGAAGUGAGCCUUCUAGUGGCAGUGGCGCCGCGACGGCAACAAAAGUCGCUGCCCUCGACGCAUCCAACAGUCUUCCUCUGGACACGUGCAGGGGCGUGAGCAACACAUCGUCUCUUGUUGAGGCUGCCGCGUCGACUGCGUGUGACACAAGCCCAUCAGUCGCUGGUCGCGGCCAGGAGGAGUCCUGCGAGGUUGAAGGGAGCAAAGUCUUGCCCCGUGGCCAACGGGGCGAUCAGACACAUCGUCUUAUCCUGCACACAAGUUCCGUGCAGCGAAGGUUCAGAGAGUUUGUGUGUCUCCACGAAGCGUUAUGGGCGGACCCUAAGCUGCGCGUCUCGCUACUGGGCGUCACAGGACCGAGCAGAUGGCGGCAUUUGCCCCACGGCAAGCUCACCGCCGCCACCGUCAGCAUGAGGCGGACUUUUCUCGAGAAUUACAUGCGCAUUUUGCUGCAGAGAGUUGACGUCAACACUUCGCUGACAAUGCGCCAGUUCUUGUGCUAUGGUUCCGACGCUCAGUUCGGAGAGUUCCGGCUUCCUUAUGAGGUAUAUUGGUCGUCGCAGGAGGACUUCAGCUCAUGCCGUUGCCACGAAGCAUCGGAGGAGCAAGCGGGCACAUGUCGAGGUAACUCUGGCACAACUCAGUGGCCUGGUGAUGUGGUGUGCUCCUCCAAAGCUCAUACGGGGGCUGAGAAGCGCCCCACUAGCCUCUUCUGUCAUGACUCAUCCGUACCUGGCCAACAGCCUGGGUCGUCUGGCACCGAAGACCUCGACGAGAUAAACCUCAGCAACGUGUUUGAUAUUGACAGCUGUGAACUCAACAUCGCCAUCACGGCAGAGUUGCAGCCAUGUGAAAUGGAGGAAGCUUUGUUUGAGGACAUCGUGACAGGCGAGAGUAGCUUCUCUCCGGACGCAGGGCACUCGCAUGACGCGGCCUCCAGGCACGACUACUGCACGAUAGUCACAGGCGCCUCGCCGCACCUGACGAGCUCUCCUGAUAUGCACAACUACGCUUCCUUGCCCUCCUUCGUUAGACCAAACUCGAAUGUUUCAGCUAACAAUGUCGGCCCUGGGUACUCUGCGUUACUGGCCACCUCCGAUCCUUUGCUUGCAGGGAACUCCGCCUUCUCGCAAGCUUUUCAUUUCUCCGAUUUCGGGAACAGCGUCGCCGAUUCUCUUUCUAAUGCUCUACGCCACCCAAUGUGCCCUGACGUGGGUAUCCUGAGGAGGUCUGUCAACACACUCAAAGACUGCACAUUUUCUACGUUCUCAUCCAACCCGCCUGGGAACUGUGUUCGUACAAUGGAUUUUACUGAAGACGAUCUUGCCGGCGAUCAUUUGAAACCUUCGCUGUUCCCGAGUUCUUGUCGAGGGACCGAUCUUACAUCUCCUCGGACUUUGAGUGUUUCGAACCUCGCUGGAUCGGGCCAGUCUUCAGCGGAAGCUUCAGUGUUACUUGCACAGAACAAAGAAGUGGUGGAUUCUCCAGAUCUUUUUCGACGUAGACGAUCGUAUGCUGAUACAGCAGACCGGGAGAACGACAUUAAUUUCACCAAGGAUGAUAUCGCUCCAUUUCAUUCCAACAGAGCCAGCCCGUUUACGGACCUUCCUUGCCCGUUGAUAUCUGGCUCCGCCAGCCUUCCUUCUCCUUGCCAGGCAUGUGCCCCCCAACACAAUAUCCAUGCUGAAACAGUGUCUAAUUUAAUCAUUAAUAAUGAUAACUUUCCGUCAUUAAUUGGUAAUCUAAAGCGGAGUCGUGAAGACUUGAUUCAAGCUACUCAACCAAUUACGCAUCGUCUCCAGCCGUUAACUGUCAUGGCGGAAACUGCCAACGGGAAGCCAAAUUCAUUCCCGCAGCAUCUGCGUGAUGGACACACCAAAUAUCAAAGUAUGAAGGACACUUGCUAUGAGAAAGACACCCCUGCAAAUGCCUGUGUUCGUUGCGUUGGGUCGGCGGUGCCUGACGUAGUUCUGCCUCAUCUUCCUUCAGUAGAAGCACGACACCACCUCGGCAUUUGCGCUCAAUAUUCCCAUGCUUCUGACGAGACUUCAGGAAACGUUGUCCUGAACUGCUUGAUUGCAUUGCACCACGCAGUGCAGUCCCGCGCUGGCAACAAGUCCGACUUUGUUCUCACCGAGUCCGUGGUGCAGGUGUUGAUGGCUUGGCUGGUGCCGUUCAUCACUGAAACAGUUGACGCUAAACUCGACCAGAUAUUUUGCGACGAAAACGUAGCAAGUUUCUUCCGUGACAUUCUCCGGGAAGGCAGUGAAGGUGAGGCCGCUGGGACGGGUCGCUGGAGUUGCUACUUGCAUUCAGUGCUCGGGGGCGAGCGACUCUGGGGCGCCACGGCCGAGCGUGAGCUCGUCGAUGUCGCCACGCUCAAGCGACUUCUCUUGGCCGCGCUGCCUGAUGCCUUGUUGAAGCUGGGCUAUGGAGAGCAGCUUGUGGACGGCACGUUGCUCCAAACAAGCUCCACUUCAGCAGGACAGUGUUCCAGUUGGCAAAACGAGGCCAAAUGCUACCAGAAAUUAGUUUUCUCGGUGCAUUAA